UUCUAUGCUGUACAAAUGUCCACAUAUCUGGCGUGCCUGAAGGUGACUGUCAUCAUCAAUCAACAGUUCAAUGAUGUCAACUCAGCAGAAUCGAAGGGAAAAUGGGUGUUAAAAUAUUGCUCCUUUUAUUUUUUGAUAGUUAAAGCUAUAUUUUGUGAGAACGAUAGUUGUAAACAACAAUAUUAUUUCAAGACUAAUAGUCGUACCAUAAAGGACUUUGUGAGACGUUAUAAGAGUAGAAGAGCGAGAAUGUACUUUUCCGUAGGAUGGCCAAGAGUUAUUAAUUGUGACUAUAAGAAUAUUCGUAAAAUUGCCUGCGAUAGAGUAAAAAUACUGUUAACUAUUCUUACUGAUGAUAUCUUAGCAAUUUGGUAUACAAAGCCCUGUGUUCCAAUUUCGGCUAAAGUACGCAGUGCGAGCUGUUUAGAAAAGUAUGGUCAUAACACAACUGUAGAAUGGAAACCAGACUCGAGUAUGCUGCUGGUGGUCACAGCCAGCGGUACAUUGUUUAUGUACACACUGAUUGUAAGCGAUGUGCCGAAAGGGGUUUACAAUCAAAACGAUUCUCCGUUCUCCAACCUUCGACGAGACAGCGCUGAAUUAUUUCUUAAAGAGGUGAUUCCUUCGUUGCGUCUAACACUGACACACCAGUUAUCUUUAUAUGUGCCAAUUUCUUGCAUCUCUUGCAUAAAUGUCUCUCAAAUAAUGGUAGCUACUAAAAAUGGACGCGUGAUUAGACUAAACUGGAAUGGUGUUGAGGAACGGGAUUACGCUUUGGAUUUGAAGAGGAUUCCGUUCAGUAUCAAUCAACAAGUUAGCUAUGCUGUUCCAAUAUUGGAAGAUAAUACGUAUGUUGACUCUAUUGACUAUUCGCCCUUGUUGUGUGGUUUCGCAAUUACAUUGAAUGAUGGAAGAGCGGCUUUUCUGACCGCUGGAAACACCAAGUUCGAUCCUAAUCAAGUGCAAGGCAUCUGGUGUCAAAACGUGGAAGAUGCGACAUGCUGUGUGAUUAACCACAAGUAUCGCUUAAUUGCAUUCGGCAGGCGCAAUUCGCAAACUAAUAUGUACGUUAUAGACGAUUUGACGGGAGGACUGGAAUUAUCCCAUAAGUUGGUUCUAAGCGCUAAAGAUUUUCCUGGUUCACCUGGUUACGUUAGAGAGUUGAAAUGGACGCCCGAUGGUUGCGCUAUAAUGGUGUCCUGGAGUGGAGGUGGUAUAUCUCUGUGGAGUACCUUUGGUUCUCUACUAAUGUGUUCGUUGGGCUGGGAUUACGGAUUACAUAUUGACCUUUCAAAAAACAACCCUUUCAACAUUAUAAGUAUGGACUGGUCGACAGAAGGAUACCAACUUUUCAUGGUACGUCAAUUAAAUGAAUCAAUUAUUCAUACCGAAGCUAACACUAGUUUGAAUAAAUCUGGAUCUUCCUCUUCGCUGGGUUCUGUAAGUCCCAAUACAUCAGGGGUCACCGCAAAAGAAGUUAAUGAGUCUGUACAUAAGCCAAACCUGAAACGAAGUAGCAGUUUAAGUACGAAAACAUUGCUCAUUCAGUUGGAUUUUGCUAAAAGUAUUUUGACAAUCAAUCCGUGUAUGAGUUACAAUUCUUAUCUUUUGCUGCAAGGAGAUGAUAAGUUAUACAUCAACCACGGGGAUGUGCUGCAAAAUAUUUACCAUAGCUGCAAUAUAUACAAAACAGAAGGCAAUAAAGAUUCCUGCAGUUCCGAAGACAUGCCAUUUACUAGAUUAUCUAAGCAUGACUUAGAGUUAAUAAGAAAUGAAGACGACAACAGUUAUGUACAGAUAAAUAGCAUCUUAUCGGAGAGCAAACAUUGGGUAGUUUUGAAUCUCCCAACAGCGUAUACCGCUUCAAAUUGGCCAGUUAGGUACAGUGCUAUUGAUUUUUUGGGAACUAACGUGGCAGUCGCCGGUAGAACAGGUGUGGCAUUAUAUUCGUUCAAUACUCGGAAGUGGAAGUUGUUUGGCAAUGAAACACAGGAAAAAGAUUUUGUUGUGACCGGGGGUUUGCUAUGGUGGAACGAGUUUGUUAUAAUGGGAUGCUACUCGCUAAUAGGAUUUCACGAUGAGUUACGUAUUUAUUCGAAGGAGAAUAAACUAGACAAUCGUUUCGCUAGUAUAACCAAAAUGAACGCACCGGUUAUGUUGAUUAAUUUGUUCAAAGAUCAGUUGAUUGUGUUUACAGCUGACGGUCAUGUCACUAUAUUUUUGUUGGUAGAAGCCGAUGAACAUCAAGCAGAGUUAGAAAAAAUGCAUAUUUACGAUAUUAAGAAUGUGUGUAUUCAUCCGGCGUGUGUCAUAUCUGUGCUAAUGACGAAUUUGCGAAACGAAUUGGGCACGAAAACUAGCUACGAAAGUAGUUUGUCCGAAACAUUGAUUCUAAACGUUUCUGGUCGUGUCCUUAUGGUACAGACAGAUUACAUGGGUAAUGCAACUUCGCAACUCGCAUCUACAUGCUUAGCAUCUUCGGUGGAAUGUAUUUGGGUGUCAGAUUCGAAUAAAACCCAUAUCAAAGAAUCUCUUUGGUUAUACUGCGGAGGUCAUGGAAUGCGUGUAUGGUUGCCGGUGUUUCCUCGGAAUGGAGAAAGCGGAACACGGAGUCAUAGGCAUACUUUCAUGAGUAAACGAAUUAUGUUGUCAUUUACGUUGAAAAUCUAUCCUCUUGUGAUCCUGUUCGAAGAUGCAAUUAUUCUCGGUGCUGAAAAUGACACGAUUCUGUACACGAGUGACUCAAACGUGUACUUUUCUUUGCCUUAUUGCUCCUUGAAGAGAACGAGUCAGGUUUACCUUCAUCAAAUUCUCCGACAAUUGAUUCGACGAAAUUUAGGAUAUAAUGCGUGGGAAAUAGCACGAUGCUGUACACACCUUCCAUAUUUUCCACAUUCGUUGGAACUUCUACUACACGAAGUGCUAGAGGAAGAAGCAACAAGUAAAGAUCCUAUCCCAGACGCACUUCUACCGAGUGUAUUAGAGUUUAUUCAAGAAUUUCCGGUGUAUCUUGAAACCGUGGUUCAGUGUGCUAGGAAAACUGAAAUCGCUCUAUGGCCUUAUCUGUUUUCAAGCGCGGGAAAACCAAAAGAGUUAUUUCAACAGUGUAUGAACUCGAAACAACUUCAAACAGCCGCCAGCUAUUUGAUUAUCCUUCAGAAUCUUGAACCGUCAGCAGUAAGUCGCCAGUACGCUACAUUAUUAUUAGACACGGCUUUAGAACAAAAAAAUUGGCCUUUGGCGAAGGAUCUCGUUCGUUUUCUUCGCGCGAUUGAUCCAAAUGAUGUUGAGUCGCCGCGAUCCUCCUACGUAUUCGGCAGUAAAUUCGGUAUGAACACAUCAGGACCAUCCGUUGCUCCGAAUGUGGAAGAUCUGAGCCUUAUCCUUGGCAGUAGUAUGACUCGAGGCAGAAGUUUCUCCACUACCGUCACACCUAAAUCCAGUGAAACGGUAAAUAAUGCAACUAUAGUUAACAAGGAGAAAAACAUAAUCUUCAACAGCUCAACCAGCGCCAACGUAGAUACCACGUUAGUACAAAAAAGAAAGAAAAGUGUGCCAAAUACUCCAAAGGAGAACGACUCAUCAAGUGCCGAAGAUUUUUUUAUUGACGUGAUUUUGCAGCGGCAUGCAAGGCGUUUUCUACAGCAGAAAAAGCUAGAGGAUUUAGGUCGAAUGAGCGCCACUCUAGAUUUCCAUCUUGUUGGUUGGCUUACGCGAGAAAAAGAUCGGGCUGCGCGGAUAGAAGACUUCGUGUUAGCCCUGAAGACUUUGCAUGACGAGUUAGACUGGCCCAGGCCUUGCCUGGGGUUAAAUCUUAUUCGUAAUAGUUCGAAUCAUAAUCAACCAGAAUCACCAGCUUCAAACGUAUCGAAUAAGUCGACCUUAGAUGUUGGACAACGAACCGAAGAUUCCGGCUAUAAUAGUUUAUCCGUGAACAGGAUACCAGAUAGAAUGACCAUUGGCGUUCAGGGUAGUUCCAAAACGUUAAUUGAUCCCUUACUUGCUUUGACGAUUGAAAAUUUAGAAGGUGUGAUGAAAGAUGAAAAAGAGCUUUCAUUAAUUGAUACCAAGGAAGCAAAUUUAUCACCAAUGAAUGAUAACAUCAGUAUACAAUCGGAUCAUAUAGCUAAUUGGACAGACGAUGGGUGUAACUCACUAAACCUAGAAAUCGAACACAGUUUCAAUCGGGCCAUGGAAAACAUUUCCAAAAGUAAUACUAUUACUGAGCACGAGCAACAUAAAUUAGAAAUAAAAAUGCGUUAUUUGUUGCAAAUUUUUACCGAAGCGAAUUGCUACGAGUUUUCAUUGUUAAUAUCUGUUUUACUACUAGAUGUUGCUUCUGUUGGUCGAAUAACAAAUGCCGCUAUACGGUCAAAGUCUUUGGUUGUGUGUCGUCAACUACGAAACGGUCUUAAGGAUUUGACGAGGUGGAGUUUUAACGAAUGCUUAGGAUAUCGACCUUUUAUGAUAGCUCUGCAACCUCAACUAGCUAUACUAGAUAAAUUUGUAAUUCAACAAGAAUCAAUUCCCUCCAUUAACAGCACUACAAUUAAUACCAGUGUGCAAUAUAAGCUCCCGGUGGCAACAAACCUUACGGAGUUAGGUGCAAUCUCAGAGGUUGGUUCUGCAUCUGUACAUUCCGCCAAUACAGACAGUAGUUCUUGUGUUCGGACUUCUAGCUUGGCACGAGAAAAAUCGGAAGGCCGAAAUCGUCAUCUGCUCGAGAAAAAAAGCAAUACCGUGCUAGAAAUCAGUUAUAAUAAACGAGAUAGGUUAUCUGGGGUUGGAACUAGUGGAAGUUCUACUUGCAUCAUCGGUAGCUCAGCUAUCAACAUUCCUAGGCAUCCUGUAAGUUUCGUAAGAUCUGUCUCGGAUCUAGAGGUAGACAAUAUUCGCAAAAUGACGUCAGGAAAGAAUGCAGUGGAUGGACUGACCACUCCGACAACCAUAAGGGAAGAAUCCGAACAAAGUUCUGGUUGCGUACUGAUGUAAUUAUCGUAACAAAAAAGUUUAGUUUUUUAUUUAUUUGUAAUUUUAUGUAGAAAUAGAUCACUCUUUACACUUCCACUAAACAAAAUUCAAAACUGUACUCAUACAUAACUAAUAAAAAAUAUUAAUUUAUUGA